AUGAAGCAGGAAAUUCCAUUGGAUGGCAAAGAAGGGCGGGCACAUUUCGAUGAGAUGAACAUUUUGGUCGCUUAUCAUCCUACAGAUAAAGACUAUGGAAAUGUGAAGGCAGUGGAUCUCUUGAAUCAAUUGGAUCUGAUUCUGAUAGCGAUGACUAGCGAUAAUGAUGAGACUCAUAUUACUCUAGAACGUAUAGCACAUAAACGGGAAUUCGAAAAGAAAAAGAUGUGCUACGGCGAGGGUGCAGCGCUAAAGGCAAUGACAGCACAACUGGAGGAUGAAGACAUGGGGUAG